AUGCAGGUGGUUACAGACGUUCGCACGGCCAUGGAGGAGGACCCGGGGGACCCGGAGGCUCCGGCGACAAAUCGAGCGGUGGGGGUAGAGGCGGUGUUGCCGGCAAAGGCGGCGCUGUCGCCGCCGCCAAAUCCGGCGGCGCUGCUGGUGCUGCUGCUGCGGCAGCUCCCCCUGCUGGAGCUGCUUCGGCGGACGGCAACGCCGCUGCCGGAGCGGCCGGAGCUUCCAGCGCAGCGGAAGGCGCAGGGAAGGCCGGGGAUGGCGGAGAUAGCGGAAGCGCGACGGCCGGCGCGGCGGGUCAAAGGGAAGCCUGGAAAAGGGGUAUGGGCGCAGGUGGUUAAGAGUGAGCCAGGCAAGGCCCGAACGCACCCCGGGCCUGAUGAGGGGCUAGCUUCGCUCGUGCGAGGUUCGGACGCAGCUGGAGACGCGCCGGCGAGUGCCGAGCCUGCGAAGCAGGCUGGGGGAAAGGCUGGUGGGGCGGAUACGAAAGCGGGGUCGGAAUCAGCGAAGCAGGGUGGGGGGAGGGGUGGUAAUGCAGGCUCGGGGGGGCAGAAGGGUGGUGGAGGGAGGGGGGAAGGGGGAGGGAAGGGAGGCAAGGGCGGCAAGGCAUGGCAUAAGGAUAAGGACAAAAAGGAGGAGAAGAAGGAGGAGAAGAGAGACGAGAAGGAGGAUUCUGAGAAGAACAAGGAGAAGGAGAAGGGGAGUGAGGACAAGGAGAGUGCUAGUGGCGGUGCGAAAGACGGCGGGGAGGGUAAGGGUUCCAAAGGAGGGGGACAUGGAAAGAAGGACGGGAAGUCGGAUCAGAAGGAGCAGAAGGAUCAGAAAGAGGGGAAAGAGCCUAAGGAGCACAAGCCGCCGAAGCAGGCAUGGCGCAAGCACAACAGGGACGGCGAGAAGGGCGGGGCGGCGGCGGCCGCGGCGGUGGUAAUGGGCGCAGGCGCGACGGCGUGGCCUGCGCUUUCCGAGGCGGAUGCUGCUGCUGCGCGCGCGGCGGAAACCGGCAAGGGCGCGGGCGGAGAUGAUAAGGCGAAGCCUGCUGCUGGUCUCGCUAUAAUUGCAAACGAGGGCGACAAAUCGUCUGCUGCCACGUCAGACAAGCAGAGCGGCGCAGCGGCGGUUACAGCAGCAGACGCAGCCAGAAAGGCUGGCGCUGCUGACGUGGCAGUUGUGAGCGUGCGUGAGGUGAAUGGGGGGCAGUACAAGCGCGGGGGCCAUCAGGGGGGCGGGGGGGCGCACCAUGGCGGAAGAGGGGGAGGCGUGGGCGGAGGGGGAUACCAGAGGCGCGCGCAUGGGAGGGUGGUGGUGGUGGCGGACGAUCCCCCCCUCACGGAGUUCGUGGCUGCUGGGCCCAGGAGGUCCGCGGCUGCCAUGGCCAAUGGCAUGGGCGGCAGCUAUGGGUACCCCAUGGUCGUGGGAGCCAACGGCCCCUACUACAUGCAAUACCGCAUGCCGCCUGUCCCGGUUGACCCCAUGUCGGGCCUUCGCACCGCUCUCACAAAGCAGAUCGAGUACUACUUCAGCAUUGAGAAUCUCUGUCGCGACCUCUUCCUUCGGUCCAAGAUGGACGCUGAAGGGUUUAUUCACGUGGACGUAAUUGCGGCUUUCAACAGGGUGCGCAUGCUCACGCUAGACAAGGCCUUCAUUCUCAGCUGCCUUGCCAACUCCACGUCAGUGGAAGUGCAGGGUGAGAAGCUGAGGCGGCGCAGUGACUGGAGCAACUGGCUGCUGCCCACGGGGCACAUGCAGGCUGUGGUUCCCCACUCAGAGGACGCACCCAAGGCAGGAGAGGGAGGAGAGGGAGGAGAGGGAGGAGAGGGAGGAGAGGGAGGAGAGGGAGGAGAGGCAGGGAAGAAGGGAGGGGAGAAGGGGGAGGGGGAGAAGGAGGCUGCUGCUGGCGCUGACGAGGGGCAGGGAAAAGAUCCCGAAGGAGAGAAGAAGGAAACCCCCGACGCUGCUGCUGCCACUGGUGCUACAGCCGCUGCUGAUGCCGCUGCUGAUGCUGCUGCUGGUGCUGCUGCUGGUGCCGAUGCAGCUCCCUCUUCCCCUGCUGCUACGCUCCUAUUCGCCCCUCGCAACAUCCCCUCAGCAGCAGAUGGGGAGGCUGAUGAUGAAGGGGAGGAGGAGGGGGGAGGGCAGCGGGCAAAUCGCGAAGGCACUCCUGCUAGGAGCGUUGGGAAGCGGCGCGGCAGCAGCGUGAAACGAGCCGCCUCUUCCGGCCGCUUCUCAGCUAGCAAGUCCGGAGGGCUUUCGGCCGCGUUUGCCGCCGAAGCUGCAGGUUCGGGGGGCCGAACCGAGGGGUUGGGUUCGCUGCCGGGCCUGGCUGGGAAGGUGGCUGCAGCGAUUGAGGAGGCUGGGAAGGGGGGGGAAGCGGGGAAGAGUAAGGAGGAGAGGGAGAGGGAGAAGGGGAAGAGGGCUGCAGAGGAGAGUGAGGCGUUGACUGAGGCGAGUGAAGCUGAGGACACGUUUCAGUUUAGCGGGGACGAGCUUGGGGAGGGGAAGAAGCGGGCCGGCAAGCCCAGGAGGAAGCAGCGUGCCAGGUCGGAGGAGGAUACAACAGACGACUCUGAUUUCAACGACGUGAAUCCCAGCCUCAAGAACCUCGUUAUUGUCACACAGAGGCGCCCGGGGCAGGGCAGUGCGUUUCAGCAGCAGCAGCGAGGCGGUGUGAGGCGCAGUCAGGGCAGGGAGGAUGGGGCGAGUGGCAGCAGCUACGAGGGCGGGUCGUCGUUGGGUCCCAACUACCGCGCCAGCAGGCUGUCAGCGGAGAAGGGCGAGCAGUCAGGGACGGACGGGGAGGGGCCUGGCAGGUUCCACGUGGGCAGUCAGGGCAGCAACGGCAGUCCAGACAACUUCAGCUCGCACGUUGCCCGCGGCCCCAGGGCCCGCCACCCCCAGCAGCAGCGUGCCUCCUGGACACCCGGCAUCGCCCACAUGACUGCAGCCGCCGCUGCCGCCGCCGCCGCAGCAGGAGGAGCGGCAGGAGCAGCAGGAACGGUGGGAGGAGUGGGAGCGGUAGGGUUGGGGGCAGGAAGGGCGCAGCCGGUGCCUGUGUGGCGGCCGGGGCUGGGGGGGCUGCCUCCGAAUGCGGUGGAGCUGGGGGGCAGCAGUUGGCGGAGCACCAGCAGCUUCGGAUCGCCACAGCUCAUGGCCUUCUAUUUCGGAGCCACCCCUCCUGGCUCCUACAGUGGUUCGGCGGCCUCUUCCCUGUCUAGCUCCUGGGGCAUGCCUGCUGGGCUGGCGAUGCUUCACCAGCAGCAGCAGCAGGGGGAGAAGAAGGAGAAGGAGAAGGAGGAAGGAGCAGGGAGACAGGCAGGGGACGCAAAAGAAGGCGAGAAGAAAGACAGCGAGAAGGAGGCAGAUGCAGGGAAGGAGGGUGUGAAAGAGAAGGACCAGAAGCGGGGCAAGGGGGGAGGACUCCUGAGCCCACCCAAGGGCGUCACUCCCCUCCCCUUCGCCCCUGGUUCUGCCCCUACGGAUAGUAUGAUGCAUAUGGCAGCAGCGGGAGGGCGGCACAGGGACAGGGGGAGGGGAGUGGUAGGAUCGAUGGGGAAGGGGGGAGCGGGGUUGCUGUCGGCUAGUCUGGGCUCAGGAGGGCAGCAGCACCAGCACGUUAGUCACGCGCUGCUGGAGGAGAACGGGUUCAAGCAGCAGAAGUACUCCUCAUUCUACAAGAGGUGUCUCAAGGAGCGCAAGAAGCUCGGCAGCGGCCGCUCUGAGGAGAUGAACACGCUGUUCCGCUUCUGGUGCUACUUCCUGCGCAAGAACUUCAACCAGCAGAUGUAUGACGACUUCAAGAGGCUCGCCACGGAGGACGCGGCUUCCAAGUAUUAUUACGGCAUGGAGUGCCUCUUCCGCUUCUACAGCUAUGGGCUGGAGUCCAAGUUUGAGGAGCCCAUGUAUGUCGACUUUGAGCAGCUGACUCUGGACAUGUACCAGCGGGACGGGAACCUCUACGGGCUGGAGAAGUACUGGGCGUACCACUUUUAUCGCAAGGACAAGGACACGCGGGAAGUCAAGAAGCACCCCGAGCUCGAGAAGAUUCUCACCGAGAAGUUCCGAACAAUGGCUGACUUCAGGGCCGCCAAGGAUGCUCAGAAACGCGCCCUGGCUGAAGCCCAGGCCAAGGCGAAGGGAGAGAAAGUGGGUGGGGAGAAGGGGGGAGGGGAGAAGGGGAAGGAGGAAAAGGUGGAGGGAGGGAAGGAGGGGAAGAAAGAGGGGGAGGAGGGAGGGGAGGGGAAGAAGGGAGAGGGGGAAGGCGCUGCUGCUGCAGAGGGAGAAGGAAAGGGGGAGGAUGGGGGGAAGGAGGGUGCUGUAACGGAUAAGGCAGGGGAUGGCAGAGCAGGAGCAGCAGCAGAGACAACAUCAUAG